AUGGGUCCAGGUGGCUCCGGGAUGGUUUCUGGAGUCACAUUGGUGGGUUCCAGGGUUCCCCCCGUGUUCACCGUGCUGCUGGUCGCCUGGUGUCUGGCGUCCGUCGCGCCGGUCGGAUGCCGCGGCAACUUCUCGGACCCGUCGAUCCCAACCGAGCCGCCACCGGGACCGCCGGACCGCCACGCCCAGCAGGCCUCCGACGGGGCGCCACGUCGGGCGCAGGAGACCGCGAUCAAGCCGCCCUCCUCUCCGGACAAAGGGUGGUCGAAACACGCGAGCAAGCUGAAGCACAAGCACGAGAGGAAGCCGGCGCCGCGCUCGCCGCCGUCCUCCAACUCGUCCCUGGCGGCUCGCGCCCGUCCGGCGUCGCCCCCGAGCUGCCUGCACGCCACCUCCAUACAAACCGCCUUCAAGUACAUCAACACGGUGCUGUCCUGCGUCAUAUUCGUCGUGGGGAUCGUGGGCAACGCCACGCUGCUGAGGAUCAUCUGCCAGAAUAAGAGCAUGAGGAACGGACCCAACGCUCUGAUAGCCAGCCUGGCUCUGGGAGACCUGAUCUACAUCGCCAUCGACAUCCCCAUCAACGUCUACAAGCUCCUGGCGAUGCGGUGGCCGUUUGCCGACAGUGUGUUCGGUCUGUUCCUCUGUAAGUUGUUCCCCUUCCUGCAGAAAGCUUCAGUCGGCAUCACCGUCCUCAACCUGUGUGCUCUGAGUGUGGACAGGUAUCGCGCCGUGGCGUCCUGGUCCCGGGUGCAGGGCACCGGUGUUCCCACGGUUACGGCGGUGGAGAUCGUGGGCAUCUGGCUGCUGUCCGGGGUGCUGGCGGUGCCGGAGGCCAUUGGCUUCGACAUGGUCACCUUCGAGUACAGGAAUGUUACCAUGACAACCUGCAUGCUGCAGCCCAAGACGCCCUUCAUGAUCUUCUACCGCGACGCGAAGGACUGGUGGCUGUUCGGGUUCUACUUCUGCGUUCCUCUGGUCUGCUCCGCCGUGUUCUACGGCCUGAUGACCGGAGAGAUGCUCCGCCACCAGAGAGGAAGUCUGAGGAUCGCACUGAGCGAACACCUGAAGCAGCGCCGUGAGGUGGCCAAGGCCGUGUUCUCCCUGGUCCUGAUGUUCGCCUUGUGCUCGUUUCCUCUCCACCUGAGCCGCCUGCUGAAGAGGACGAGCUACAGCCCCCAGGACGCUCACCGCUGCAGGCUGCUGAAUUUCCUGUUGGUGCUCGACUACCUCAGCAUCAACAUGGCGACCAUCAACUCGUGCAUCAAUCCCAUAAUACUCUACUUUGUCUCCAAGAAGUUCAAAAACUGCUUCAAGUCCUGUCUGUGCUGUUGGUGUUAUUCUGGCUCUCUCUCCAACAGCAUGCUGCCUCUCCACCACGGGACGAGUCUGAAACACACUGACCACUGAGAGUCUGCAUCUUCAUCAUCACCUUCAUCAUCGUCAUCAUCACCUUCAUCAUCAUCACCUUCAUCAUCGUCACCUUCAUCUUCUUCAUCAUCACCACCACACUGAUCUUGUCAUUGUGUAUUUAUUCAGGUCGAGAUACUAUA